AGAAGCAAUUGGUAUAAUCAGAAGAGAAGAUAACGAAAGUUUGGAUGUUAGAAUAAUAGCUUUUUUUCUGAAAAGUUCUUUGAUACCCAAAUGGGUUCCUAUAUUCGUAUCUAAAAAUAUAUUAAGAUUUACAGGAAAGUACACACUUGACGAAAACCCCUCUUAUGAUAAGCUAGAAAUAGUAGCGAACUCUGGAGAUUUAAUUGAUAUGAAUCAAGAAAAUCUUCCCAUCAGCUCUAUUUCAACAUUUGUAAUGGGAUUUGCAACUGAACCAGUUCAAAGCGACGACGAACUAUUCAAAAGUAUUAAGAUACUUGUUACUGAAUUCAUCAAAGAUAAAAGCUCAGGAAAAAAAUUUCUCAUCAAGUGCAGAUACCUCAAGUCAGAUGAAAGAAUUGACAAAAAACUUGUGAGAGCAAAAAAAAGCUCAAAUUUGAUGAUUACGGGGGAAAUACUUCGAAACCUACACCAUUCAAAAAAGCAGACCAACGAACACAAGAAGAGAUUCAUACCAAGACCAACUCAGAAACUGCGUCAUUAA